CACAGCCACGAUGAGCUUCUCGCUAGACCACCACUUCUACAGUCCGACCGCCUACCGCAAGGUUCGGCCGGUCUCGGUGUCGUCCAGCGGCUUCCACUCGCAGCAUCGCCGCCGCACCACCACCGCCACCUACAGUCAGCCGUCCUCCAUCGACAGCCUGGAAAGCCACAACGGCGGAGACGUCAUGGCGAGGAGGAACGAGAAGGAGAUGCUCCAGACCCUCAACGACCGCUUCGCCGGCUACAUCGACAAGGUCCGGAACCUGGAGCUGCACAACCGGAACCUGGAGGCGGAAGCAGCGGCGCUGCGCCAAAACCAAGCCGGGCGCGCUGCGGCCGGGGAGCACUAUGAGCGCGAGUUGGCCGAGCUGCGCAGCGUGCUGCGUCAGCUGACCGGCGAAAGGGCCCGCACGUUGCUGCAGAACGAGCACCUGGAGGAAGACGUGCGGCGGGUGCGCGGCCGCCUGGAGGACGAGGCUCGCGCUCGCGAGGAGGCCGACGCCGCGUCGCGCGCCGCGGCCAGGUACGCGGACGAGUGCCGGCUGUCGAGGUCUGAGCUGGACCGGAAGCUGAGUGCCUUGGAGGAGGAGGAGGCCUUCCUGCGGAAGAACCACGAAGAGGAGGUGGCGGAGCUCCUCGCCCAGAUUCAGGGCGCCCAGGUGAGCUUUGAGGGGCGGCACGACUCGUCGAGGGCAGACGUGACGGCCGCGCUGCGGGAGAUCCGCUCCCAGCUGGAUGGCCACGCGUCCCGGAGCUCCACGCAAGCUGAGGAAUGGUUCAAAGUGCGUAUGGAACAUCUGUCUGAAGCGGCGAGGUCUAACCAGGAUGCGAUCCGUGGGUCCCGGGAGGAGAUUGCUGAGUACCGACGUCAGCUCCAGAGCCGUACCAUUGAGCUGGAGACUCUGCGAGGAACCAAAGACUCACUGGAGAGGCAACGCAUGGAGAGUGAAGACAGACACCAUGGAGACCUUGGCUUGCUACAGGAGACCAUCCAUCAGUUGGAUAAUGAGCUAAAGUCCACCAAGUGGGAGAUGGCCAACCAGCUGAAAGACUACCAGGACCUGCUGAAUGUGAAGAUGGCUCUAGAUAUUGAGAUUGCUGCUUACAGGAAACUAUUGGAGGGGGAGGAGAAUCGCUUUGUGUCAGGAGGCACUCCAUUCUCCUACCUGGACAGCAGAAUUUCUGCCCACUUGAAACUGAAGGGAGAGGAGAUUUCUGAUACGGUAAUUGUGGAAGAACAGACGGAUGAGACCCAGGUGACAGAAGUGACAGAGGAGGCAGAUGAAGAAGAAGAAGAAGAGCAGGGAGAGGCAGGAGAGGAAGGCGGAGAGGAAGAACAGGGUGAGGACACCAAAGAAGAGGCAGAGGCAGAAGAGGCUGAGGAAGGAGGGGAUGAUAAGGAGGGAGAGGGUGAGGGAGAGAAGGUAGAAGAGAAGAGUGAGGAGGAGAAGGAAGAGAAGCAAGAAGAAGAGGAAGCAAUUGAGGAAAAGGAGAAAUCCAAGUCUCCUGAAAAAGCUGCUUCACCUCAGUCCAAGUCUCCUGCAAAAUCUCCCCAACCCAAAUCUCCAGUUGUCGAAUCACCAGAAUCAAAAUCACCUGAAUCUAAAUCACCACCAGCCAAGUCCCCCAUGCCCAAAUCCCCUGCUAAGUCACCCGCUGCCAAAUCUCCUGUAGAAGACAAGUCAAAAUCUCCUGCUCCCAAGUCUCCAGAGCCAAAGUCACCUGCUCCUAAAUCUCCAGAGCCAAAGUCACCUGCCCCCAAGUCUCCAGAGUCAAAGUCACCUGCUCCCAAAUCUCCAGUGUCAAAGUCACCUGCUCCCAAGUCUCCAGAGCCAAAGUCUCCAACAGCCAAAUCACCUGAGUCAAAAUCCCCACCUAGCAAAUCCCCCGAAUCUAAGUCACCUCCUCCUAGGUCCCCACUCCCCAAGACACCUGAACCAAAGUCUCCUGACCAAGAAAAAGUCAAAACCCCUGCUGCUAAGGAAACUCCUAAAGAGGAGAAAACCGAAGAGAAGCCUCAGCACACCAAGGAGGAGGAGGAGAAACCUGAACCUGUGAAGGAGGAGCCCAAGGAGAAAGAGCCUGAGAGUAAGACAGAGAAGGCGGACAAACCCGACACAAAGAAAGAGAGCAAGAAAGAGGACGUCCCAAAGAAGAAGGAGGACACUCCCAAACCUGCCGCCUCUGGCAAACAUGCAGAAGACAAGCCUGCUCCCAAGGCCGAGCUGAAAGAGAGCCCUGCCCCUUCUGCUAAGAAGGAGGAGAAGCCUGCCCCUCCCAAAACAGAUGACAAGGUCCUGUCAGAGGAGAAAUCUGCCCCUAAAGUAGAGCCUGAGAAGGCAGAGAGCAAGAAAGAGGAGAAGAUUCCAGAGGAGAAGAAGGUGGAGAAGAAGGAGCCAGCUGACAGUAAGGACAUGAAGGAAGGAGGCAAGACAGAGAAGGCAGAGAAAUCUUCUGGUACUGAGGUGAAGGAGAUCAAGGAGGAGAAGGCCAAGAAGUGAGACGGAUACUGUAAGCUGUAUCCAGGGCUUUAG